AUGUACAAAUCGAAAUCAGCAAACAUGUUAGGAACAUCUCAUAAUUCAAAUACUGCUUCGUCCAAUACGAAGGCUUAUACCUCUCCGUUCUCGCUAUCUUCACUUGCUGUUGAUAUUUCACCUCAUCACUCAUCACCUCUGACGAUGAGUGGUACUCCAGAAUGGUUAUCUUCAUCGGUAAUACCAAUGACUUCACCUACUCUUUAUGAAUCCACUUUGGAGCAACACGAAGCCGUUAUGAAGAUUUUCAAUCAGAAACAGCAUCACGAUGAGGAAGAACCUCAAUGGUUAACGAAUAAUAAUCAUUCCGAUCAUGAAGAUGAAGAGUUCUUUGCUGUUGGAGAUUUACAAUCGAUUGUAGAUAAUAAUAAUAACAACACUGACACACAUCCAUUUGUUCCUUCAAUGGAUUCACAACACGAAAACCAUCCAUCAUCAAAGGCAAUUGAUAAUUCUAAUGCUCACCACCAUCAUCAUCAUAGCCUUGAACAAUACGUACUUUAUUCAGAAGAAUAUGAUGAAGGUGUUUUACUCUCGGAAAGUCAUCUCUUUCGUCAAAUGAUUCAACCAACAGCAGAGAAACGGCGUGUAGGAAUUAACAAUAUCGUUCAAUUGAUCAUUAAGCAUGCGAAACUGUGGAAAGAAACGAAUUAUAGUAACGAUGAUUCUACGAGUAGUAGCAAUGACGAUGAGGAUUUACACCCAGCAAAGUUCUUUGAACGCUAUUCCGGUCUGAUAUCGAGAUUUGCCUAUGAGUGUCCAUUUGAAGACGUUUCGUCCGCUUUCAUAAAAUUAAUUGAUGAUUUAGAAAGAGACUAUGGAAUCAAAUGUAUUCAGAAAGCAGAUAAGCACAAUGGAUUUAUUCGAGCGGUUUCACAUUUCUUUUCCCCAACCAUUUUCAAACCUAUUUUCAAAUUGGCAAGCUCCUCUGACACUCAUCACUUUAUUCAAAACACAAAGGAACAUUUUAAAAACAUUUUCAUUGAAAAUGGGGUUGUACCACAUGUAUCGCAGGUAUUAUUUGCACAUCCUUCUUUUGCAGAAAUUUAUUACAAAACUUAUAAUUUCGUGAUGAAAUCUAAUGGACCACUCCCUCUUGAUUGGAGAUGCUAUAUUUCUAUAUUUGCUGCUUCGAGACACAAUUGUAAAUAUUUAGUGCGAAGACUAGAGGCAGAAUUUUUACUUUAUGGAGGAGACAGCAAAUGGCUACAGGGUAUAGAAUUUAUUCCACCAAAGCUAAAAAAGCUUGUAAAACUCAAUUCGAUACUUUGCCACAUGCCUUGGAUGGUAACUGAAGAACUCAUAUCAGAGUUAGUGAGCAAUAAGGGUGCAGAUGAUUCUGGAUGGACCAUUGCCGAGUUGGUUCAUGCAAUUACAAUAAUGUGUCAUUUCUUUUCACUGCCAGGAUUAAUUUUUGGAACAGGCAUACUACCAGAUGAUGAUACCACUCCAGUAUCAGACAUUCAAAAUUCAUCAAUUAUGGAUAAUGAAGAAGUGAGAAAGAGACAGAAAAACGAAACUCAAAAAUUGGUGGAAACGUUGACAAAACACGACACUGACGACGACACACCAAUUGACAAAAAUCAAAGAAAUAAGGCCUUUGAGAGUACAGAGUCUGAGGCUACAGAUUCAUCGUCAAAACCUGUUGUACCAACCCAUCUAUACAGCAAUUUGAAUAACUUUGAUUGCUUUUCGAGGCCACACUUUGCCUCAAUGACUUUCUGGGAAGCCCAACACUACCAAGCUCAACAUAAUGAGCGAUCAAGGACGGCAAGCACGGAAGGAUUAAUUCCAGAAUCAUCGAUUCGUGUGCCUUUAAUUACCUCUGCUUCCACAAUCAAGAAAAGUACAACUAAUAGACAACAUUUACUCAAGACUAAAAAGUACAAACACAACAAGUACGAUUUUACUUACAAAGAUUUUGACGUUAAAAGCAAAACUUACGAAACAGCAUCCAUCUAUGAUUUCAACUGGGAAGAAAAUGCUUAUUCGAUAAUUAGCAGAUUUUACCAUGGAGCAGCUGAUUUACUGGAUGCAGAGUUUGAAUUCAUCUACAAUAUGACAGACAACAGGUGUGAUGACAUUAAGGAUGUAGAUACUUCAGCAUUUCGUGCAGCAAUAUGGUGCUACGUCCAUAGACUAUAUGGGGUUUCUCAUGACGAUUUUAACUAUGAGAAAGUUAACAAGCUGCUAAAUAUUGACCUUAAAAAGUAUAUCAAAACUAUAGUAUGCUAUCCAGAGAGGUGCACGAAAGAACAAUUCAUCGACAUGGGUGUGAAAUUACGUACGAAGGAAAAAAUUCACAUAUGCUUACUUGCUGUAGAAGCAAGAAAACAAGUGGGAUUAAUUUAUGGAUUGAAAGCCAUCAAUAAUUAUAUGCAGUAA